GCUUUUUUAAUCGGGCAAUGAAAAAUGGCGAUAGACACACCAUCUGAAAUUUGAUAAUCUUAGCAGAGGAGAAAGUAUUUGCGCACGCGCGUGUGUUUUUGUUUUUGUUUUGUUUUUUGUUUUUGUUUUUCUGUAUUUUAUAUUUUCCGAAGUGAGCAUUCAUCGUUCUCCCAUUAUCCUUGAAUGAUUUCCAUGUAUACAGCUGCUCCUGGAGUAGAAGCCAUGGAGGGCGUGAUUGAAAAUGGGGUGAAUCGGGCAGUGGAUUCUGUAAAGCUUUUUGUGGGGCAGUUGCCUAAACAGAUGUCUGAGCAGCAGCUAGUGGAGAUCUUCUCAGAAGCCGGAACUGUUAAUGAAAUUAAUAUCAUUAAAGACAAGCUUACUAAACUGUCCCGAGGGUGUUGUUUUCUUACUUACACAACAAGGCAGGAGGCUGAUAAAGCUAUUGAGAUCUUCCACAAUAAGCGCACUCUCCAACCAGUAGCCAGCCCCCUGCAAGUGAAAUAUGCAGAUGGUGAGAUGGAACGAUUAGAGCACAAGCUUUUUAUUGGUAUGCUGCCUAAAGCAGCAUCGAAAGCAGACGUGACUGCAGUUUUUUCGCAGUAUGGCACUAUCAAAGAGCUCUCUGUAAUUAAAGGCUCACAACCUACUAGCAAAGGAUGCGCUUUUUUAAAAUAUGAAACUAAAGAACAAGCCGUUGCUGCUAUUGAAGCUUUGAAUGGAGUACACAAAAUGGAGGGUUCUCCGUCUGCGUUGGUGGUCAAAUGGGCUGACACUGAGAAAGAAAGGCAGGCGCGUAAAGUGCAGAAGGCUCAGUCGGUUUCUUCUCCCCCCAUUCCCGGACACCAACCAUCAAUAUUUGGUGCUGUACCGAUGGGGUAUGUAACAACCCCACCUCCGUACAACGGAUAUUCAUAUCAGCCGAUGAGCAACUAUGCAAUGGCAUAUCCGCAACAACCUGGCAUGGUCGGAUUACCUACUGCUAUUCCUGGAACUCAAUCAGAUAUGACAGCCUACGCACCUAUGCAACCCACAACGUUUCCUUUUGGUGCGCAGCAAUACCCAAAUCCUUAUCAAGGCCAGAUGAUGGGACAUCAAGGCCAGUCGUAUCCCUCUCCAAUAGCUCCUUUAAUUGGGAUGAAUAAUGCGCAAGCAGCUGCUGCAGCUGUGAGAACUAGUGUGGGCCCCCAAACCGAAGGUCCAGCGGGUGCUAACUUAUUUAUUUACCACAUACCACCUGAAUUUGGUGAUGAUGAGCUAUCUACUGCCUUUUCAUCUUUUGGAAAUGUCAUUAGUGCCAAAGUUUUUGUAGACAAGACAACUGGAGCCAGCAAGUGCUUUGGUUUUGUAAGUUACGACACUCCGGAUGCAGCCCAAGCAGCUAUAAAUGUAAUGAAUGGGUUCCAGUUGAGUGGGAAAAGGUUAAAGGUUCAGCUCAAACGAGAUACUAAACAAAGUAAACCCUAUUGAAAAAUAUUGGGAAACAGGGGUUCGCUGCCGCAAAGAUUAGGGAUGCACAUUAGACAUUGCAUGCGGGGAAAAUAGUAGGACUGGCGCUCUAAUUGAACCGCUGAGCGGACGCCAACACAAAUCAUACUUGCAGCGAAAAUGUUACAGGGUUUGUUCAGCUGUAAUGAUGUCCACGUAUCAUUCCGUUUGUCCCUUUGUUGGGAGACUCGUAUUUGGUGGCCGUUCCGGAUUUUACCAUGGCUUGCCAGGACGGCGCCUGCUCCUGUGUACGGAAUGUACCGUCAGCCCUGUCCGUCUGAGAGGCUUUUUGUGGAAUUACAGUCUGAUAUGUGCCUGAAUGCACAAUCCAUUACUGAUUCUUUUUUACCAGCAGGAAAGUUCACGCAGGCACAUGGUCUCUGCACUUGAAGAUUGGGACGAAAGACGGUAUUGCUGACGCUUAAAAGUUGUCCUAUGGUCUAAGACCAAGGUUCGAGAUUUGUUUCUAGGGAUUUAUUUAUUUUUGAUGUUCAUAUUAUUGUGUGUGAAAACUACCACAAUAAUCAUGUUACACGUGUGCUCUGAAAAGUCAGGUAGUUGCGUAGGAUUGGGUACACAGUUUUCACACCUGGCAAAAUUGUUCCACAUACAUCAAUGGGCCUACUGAAGAACAAUUUGAGGUGCCAGCGACGUGGUCAAGGUGAGUCAUUUCAAUCAAUUCCGUAAGGGAUGGUCUGUUUGUUGGAGAAAAGAGGAGCGUUUAAUUAGUUGUUUUUAAGUUAGGUUACUAUCUCAUGUUUUCAUUUUCCAUUUUCAUUUUUCCAUCGUUGCAUGCUGCAUUUGUUGUAAUAUAUGCAUUUCAGUGCGAGGUUAAUUACCGCUGUUUGAUCAUUCCGAAUUCGAAGGUGGUAUUCACUUGUAUGAAAAAACCUUAUCGAAGAAUUGGUUCUAUAUUAGGGGCUAUUUACAAGUUUUCAUUUCAUGGGAAGAGAUUUCCUGACUUUUAAAGAUCAAGUAUGUAUUCUCUCAAGAAUGUUCACGCCUCUUUUUUACCUCUUUCUCUGGGUCAGUUUUUAGGUCAGUUUUUAGUUCCAGGAGGUCAAUCUGACCAUUAUAGCUAACAAAUAUGUUAAGAAAGAUAUUUUGCAAUUCUGUGGCCGAGGUUGCACAAUCAGCCUCUUCAAUGCCAGUUCUGUUAUUGACUCGAGGCACAUUCUUUUCUGUGCUGUAUUCUGUUAUUAAACAUUUAAGGAUUGUAAGGAUUUUGUGUUAGGUUCUACAUGAAGGACGCUGUAAUGAACUUGUUGGAUUUAAACGCCA